GGCUCAUCUCGUGGGUCUCUCUUGGGAGGCCUUUGCCUGACGCCGCAUGUAUAAACACAAGCUGUUCCUGGCUCCUGCAGAGAAAAAUGGCCAUCUUUACAACCAUCUCCUUUGUUAAACUCGGUGCACUGCAUACAAAAAUUGUUUAUAAUUAUACCUGUGGCGCAUGACAUCAUGGGGAUUUCAUUCAACACUAUCAUCUCUAUUGUAGAGCUUGCUGUCUACAUCCCGGCCAUCGUCCUGUCAUUCCUGGCGUGCAAAAAGCAUGGAUUCAGUCGAAGUUCAGGAUGGUAUUUUACGCUUACACUCAGUCUCUUCCGCAUUGUCGGCAGCGGCUGCCAGCUAGCCACUCUGGCAAACAACUCCACAGGUCUAAUUAUCGCUGCUACAAUCCUCGACCACAUUGGCCUUACUCCUCUUCUCAUGGCAACUCUCGGUAUGAUGUCGCGUCAGGCUGAUUUUGUCAACAUGUCAACUGGCUCCGUCAAAAUAUCCAUCAGGCUGUUUAGACUGGUCCAACUUGUGAUGCUGGUAGCCAGUAUUUGUGUCAUUAUUGGCAUAGAAAGUACGUCCCAAGACUCAUUGACCAGCGUCUCGCCAUGGACCUAUGCUGGUGCCGUUGCAUAUAUAGCCGCAUAUGUUGCUGUGGUGUUUAUUUACGCCAAGAUGCUUCCAUACAGCGACGCCCUACCUCAGGAUGAGAAGAUUCUGAUCCCUGCAAUUGGUGUCGCACUGCCGUUUGUGCUAGUGCGACUUGCUUACUCUGUUUUGAGUAUCUUUGUCCACAGCGGCGUAUUUCUCAGGACCAACAGUGGCUCAACUCUUGUCCAUGUCUGUAUGGCCGUCAUUGAGGAGUUUGUGGUGGUUGUAAUCUACCUGGGCCUCGCCUUCCGUCUUCACCCUCUAGAUCAAUUCGAGCAGGGCCCAAUUCAGCAACGGCCAUGGAAAGCUCGCCAGGGAAGAAGAGCCCGACGCAGACGAGGCGGCUAUGAAUACGACAACGCUCACAACCUUGGCCCUCAACAGUACUAAGGCUGUAUAGCGACUGUUAGGAAAAUAACCCCCAGAUUAUGGGAUGCAUGGAUUUUGGUAGAGAUAUAUCGGCCUUUGAACUUCAUUUUUUUACAAGUUUAAUGCUAG